AUGCAGACGCUCUCCCUCCGCCCGCUCUCCUUUUUGGUGCGCGACUUUCUGAGCGAAGACGAGUGCGAGCGGCUGAUUGGCCUCGCAAGGCCGCGGCUGCAGCAGUCGUUGACGAUGGGCAACGCGUCGGCGAGCGAGCGCACCUCCGAGAGCGUCUUCCUCCCGGCGGCGGAGGACGGCCUGCUGCGCGAGCUGCAGGAGCGGCUCUCCGCGCUGACGCGGCUUCCGCUGCAGCAGGUGGCCGGCGGGGAGGACAUCCAGCUGGUCCACUACCCGCAGGGGGCGGCGUUCGGGAUGCACCACGACUCGUCCGCCUUCCUCCCGCGCCUGCUCACCGCCUUUUACUACCUCAACGAGGUCGAGGGCGGCGGCGAGACCGCCUUCCCCGCCGCCGACGGCGCGAUGAGCCCAGACGAGGCGCUGGCCCUGGCCGAGCCGGCGGCGGCGGGCGGCGGCUUGGUCGUGAAGCCGGCCCGCGGCGCGGCGCUGCUGUGGUACAACCACGGCGAGGACGGCAGCAGGGACGCGUGCGCGGUGCACGCUGGCUGCCGCGUGACGGCCGGCGAGAAAUGGGGAGCGAACCAUUGGGUGCGCGUUCGAGGUGCCACGCCGGGAGAGGAACCGUCUUCGUAG